GAAGUAAGUCACUCGCUCGUUCUACCCAUGUUUACCCACCAGCCGUCCUCUUUCCCUUUCUCCUUAUUUACCAUCUAUGCAUUCCCACCCCUACCCUCAUCAUUCAUGGCCUCAACAACCCAUGCCUCACUCCUUCUAUUUUCUAAUUCCCCCCCCCAUGCCAUUUGAUGCGACAUCCCCUUUAAACCUCACCUACCACUUCUACAUGUAACAAAUUAACACCACCUCUAACAUCAACAAACUAACCCAACCACCAGCAUCCGCCCUCCCCCCAAUGACCCUCACCUCCCUAAUCACCGCCCUGCACCUCCGCCCCUUCCAGCCGCUACCCAUGCUCUUCGCCCCGCUGCUGGUCUUCAGCAGCUACCUGACACUAGCCGGGUUCAAGAUUGACGGGGCGGGCAUGACGGCGGCGUGGAGCGGCAUGUAUGUGCUGCUAGCGGCGCGGCGGCGGCCUGGGACGAGGAUGGGCAUGGGAAGAGCACUUUCCCUGCGUGGAUUUGUGCGCGGUUCGGCCAUGGCGCUGGGCGCGGCCAACACCGUCGCGGGCGGCUACGUGUACGCCACGGGCAACAGGAAGCUUGAGGAGGAGGAGAGAAGGGAGGUUAAUCGGUGGGGGGUUUAUAGGGAUUGAUUUUUGUCGAUUGGUUUUGUUGGGGGUGACGGUGGUGGAGUGGUGGAGUGGUAGGAGUG